AUGGUUCACCCUGACGGCGCCCACUCUGGGCUCGCCAUCCGUAACAUCACCGUCGUCGGAGACACAAUCUUCGCCCAGCCCAUCCUCCACGCCCUCCGCGAGCUCGACCCCUCGCGCCAGCUCACCCUCUUAACUUCUUCCCCUACCCAAUCGCCGCCGUCCUCAACUUCCACCUCCUCCUCCUCCCACCAACAACACGACCAUGACCAUGAUCACGUGCGCCACCUGACCGCCGACCUCUCCUCGCCCGCCAGCCUGCGCGCCGCCCUCGCCGGCCAAGAUCUCGUCAUCAGCACCGAGGCCGGCGGCAACUACGCCGCGCAGACGCGCCUCGUCAACGCCGCCGUGCAGGCCCGCGUGCCGCGCUUCGUGCCCGCCGAAUUUGGCGCCGACUCGCUGAACGAGGGCGUGCAGGCGCGGCUGCCGCCGCACGCCGAGCGCGCGCGUUUGAUCAAGUUUCUGCGGGCUAUGGAGAGCGAGGGGAGCGAGCCAGCACCAACCAGCAACGGCUCUUCUUGUACGAACGGAGGUUGUUGCGCACACGACGAUCAUGGUCACGGUCACAGUCACGCGGCGGAGGAGCAGGAGAUGGAGGUGCAGACGAGCGGCGGCUUCCACGACCCCUUCUCCUGGGUCGCGGUCGCGGCGGGGACGCUUCUCGGCGAGAAGCUGGAGGAUCUGGGUUUCGACGUCAAGUGGCAGAGCGCCACGGUGUACCACGGGUCGGGCGGCGAGGCGUUUGCGGUUUCUUCUCUGGCUUGGAUUGGGCGUUUGGUCGCGCGCGUCGUCGAGCGCUGGGAUUCGGUUAAGAAUAGUUAUCUUUAUGCUGCGGGUUGCGUCACCACCGCCGACGAGGUCGUCGAGUGUUUGCAGAAGGCCACCGGGAAGGAGUGGAGCGUCGGCAAGGUCGCCGUCGAGGAGUGCGUCAAGGAGGGUGAGAAGUGCUUGCAGAGAGGCUUCCCGGACGCUGGCAUCGCUUUGAUGGAGAGGAGCGUGUUGUACGAUACUUCUCUGGGCGCUGUGGAUUCGUUCAAGACGAAGAGCGCGAAUGACGUCUUGGGUUUGGGGCAGGAGAAGGUGGAAGAUAUAGUCAGCAGCGCCGUUCACGACUUUCAGCAUCAUGGAAAGGCAGAUUGUGGCUGCUCGUAG